UGUUAGCAGAUAGCACGCCAUGGCAAUGGCAUAGCAUACCAUGCUGGGAAGCUGUCUGUACUAUGCACUUUAUCCACUGAGUCGCGUAAUUACAAGUGUCUCAGUGUCCCUGCUAAAAGUGGUGUCGGUGGUGUUAAUGAAUGGAGAAAUAGCAUGGGAUAAAGAAGGGACACUACCACAGCUUCUGGCCUGCGGACACCAGACGCCUUUGUCGAAUGAAUGCUCGGGUGAAGACUAUUUGAAUCGCAAAACAGAAAUAGUGCGAGGUGAAACUAAAUGCCCCCAGGUGAUGGAGUUAGAGAGAAGGACUGAUGAGAUGGGACCGGAGGCGGCAGAACACAAAGUAGCUCCCAAAGUUACCUUCCAGGGCACUUUGGAAACUGCACCUCCACAAGAGAACACAGACGGCGACAAGACAACGAAGAGCCACCAGCAGGACAACAACAAUAUGCUGCUUAUAGAUGCACGGGCAGGAGGAGAGCCUGCCCCCAAGAGGAAAAACGACAAGUCUGACGUGCAGCAGAAGGCUUGGCUUGCUCACGAAUUAGUGGCACAUACUCACUUUAACUCGGGUGAUGCUGCCCAGGGCUGUCCCGGUACGAAUACGGAUGACUGGCCGCCCUUGGACCAGGCAGGCUUUCUUGGAAGCCAAACUCAAGCAGCAGCAACAGCGGUCCAGGGCUUUCACUUUCCGGCAGGGCGAGGGUUAACUGAGGUGGUGUAUCGGCCUUGUUUGCAGUUUCCAUCCAUGAGUUACUAUCCACCUGCACAGCAGGAUAACACAGAGUUUCAAGUGACGUGGCGAGUCUGGGAGGAUGUGGAAGAGAGCCCCCCAGAUGGAACUACAGAUGAGACCCCCUCCUCAGCAUCAGCACCACAGCAACAGGAGCAGCAGGGGCAGAAGACAGCAGGCCAGAACACACCAGACUCCAUGUUUGAGUUCACCGUCAUGUCCUACAACAUCUUGGCCCAGGACCUGCUGGAGGGCAACCCCCACCUGUACACCUACUGCCCAGAGGAGGCGCUGGUCUGGGGCACGCGACUCAAGGGCAUCCUCAAGGAGAUACAGCAAUGGAAACCAGAUAUUCUGUGUUUGCAAGAGGCACAGGAGGACCACUUCAAGGAGCAGAUGCAGCCGGUUCUCACUGACAUGGGGUACACCUGUGCGUAUAAGCGGCGGACGGGUUCCAAGACGGACGGCUGUGCGGUCUGCUUCCAGAACAGCCGCUUCACACAGCUCUCAGUCAGCCUGCUGGAUCUCUUCAAGAACGGCUGCGAGGUGCUGGACCGUGACAACGUGGCCAUCGUGCUCCUGCUCCAGCCGGUCACCUCGGCAACCACAGGGUUCACCUACCAGGAGGAGCGGUUCCCUCCCAUCUGCAUCGCCACCACCCACCUGCUCUUCAAGCCCAGGAGAGGGGACAUCAAGCUGGCGCAGCUGAUGCUGGUGCUGGCGGAGGUGGACGGCGUGGUGCGGCGCUGUAAGGAGAUGAUGGGCCGCGGCUGCGAAGUCGUCUUGUGCGGAGACUUCAACUCGCUGCCCCAUCUACCCCUUUAUGACUUCAUCACUCUGGGACAGCUCUGUUACCACGGGUUACCAGCGUGGUCGAUAUCGGGCCAAGAGGACCUGUCGUAUCAGCCUCACCCCAGGAAGCUCUACUCCCCGCUCCUGCCUCUCUCCCUCGGCAUCGAUGACAACUGCCAAUACGUCACCGCAAAGAAGUUCAAGCCAUUAGCAUCGGGUAGACUGAAGUACAGUCCAGAGUUCCUGCUAGGCCUGCGGUUCUGUCCGGCAGCUUUGGUGCGGCCCAGAGAUCUAGCACUCAUACCUGGAUUUACAGACCUCACGCCAGAUCCCGAAGACCAGCGGCCAUGCACUAAAAGGAUGCGUAACACGACGGCGUGCCACAGUCUGAGCCUGAGGUCUGCGUAUCGCCACGUUAUCCCCUGGAAGGAGAGCGGAGAGGCCAGCACCAUCCACAGCAACGCCGGCGUCACCGUAGAUUAUAUCUUCUACUCCGCAAGAAAGGAAGAAGACGCUGACGAAGACCAAAGAGACGAGCGGCAGGGUGGUGGAGGAGGGAGUCUGAAGCUGUGUGGCCGGCUGGGUCUGCUGUCGGAGUCGGAGCUCAUGUCCAUGCGGGGGCUGCCAAACCACGUCUUCCCCUCCGACCACCUCAGCCUGCUGGCCAAGUUUCAGCUGCCUGCCGCCGCCGCCGGCAGCCCUGUCUAACCCCCCAGGAGUGGAAGAUCGCAUGGUGACCGCGACUGGUCUGCUCUCUAAUGCCUCUUUUCCACUGCCUUUUUUCUGGUUGGCUUACAGCGCGACUUGGCCGCCACUUUUUGCUUUGCGAUUGAGCUGUGUCGUGCCUAUUCAAAAAGCAAAAAAUGGCGGUCGAAUCACGCUUUGUCGAGCUGUAGGCCUACCAGAAAACCGGCACUGGAAAAGAGGCAUAAGUCAGUGUGGUUUGCCAUGCUGGAAAAAGACCAGAGUAUAGUUGUCUUCCACACUAUUGUCGUACUGGCCAAGUUUCAGCUGCCUGCCGCCGCCGGCAGCCCUGUCUAACCCCUCAGGAGUGACAGAUCAGGGGGGCGUACACUAAGGAGUUGGUUCAGGAGUAAAUCAGGUUAUGUCAAGAGGUAAAUCAACCAAUAAAAGAGCCUGGAAACCUAGUUUUCUUCAGAAAAUGAAGACUCCAGGCUCUUGUAUUACAUGAUUUACCUCUGAACUUAACGUAGUGUACUCCUGAACCAGCUCAGUGUAGGCCACAAAUCACAUGGUGACUGCCACUGAUCUGCACACUCGGUGUCAGGUGUGGUUUGCCAUGAUGGAAAAAGACCAGACUAUCGUCGUCUUCCACACUAUUUCUGUAUCACAAAUGGCGCACUUGUGCACUCCGGGCACUAUGUUUUCAGAGUACGCUGACACUUGUGCACUAUUUUUCAGUGUACAGUCAGUGUGCCAUACUGUAUGCACAGAAAUAUACGUAGUGCCCAAAGUGCACAAGUCUGCCAUUUGAGACACAGGCACAUGUCUCAGAACAUCUCACUGGAUAUUCUCUCUAUCGCGGAGGAGACUCUUUAAUUCUCAUCACAAUUCAACCUCUUCUUCUUCAUUUGUUUGUGUUCCAAGUCCUGUUCGGUACGGUACGGUACCCUUUAUCGUUUCUGCCUGGUUUUUAAAGCCUUUAAGUUUUACCCUUUUGCAGAUGAGCCUUAACACACCUUUUUGGAAAUUUUAUGAAAGCUUCUUUGUUCUUAUCUUGUGGAUGUAUAAGCUAACCCUCAGUGGUCCUACCAAUAAACAAUCACGUCAUCACCAGCACAACAUGCGACUCACUUGUUCCACGCCACCUCGUUCCGACCGGGGGCUGUACUUUCGUCCUAAAUCAAUCAGAAAUCAGCUGCUCCACGAUGCAGAGGAUAACUGGUAGCCACCGGUAGGUUACGUGUUUUCAGUUGAAGUACACCAUCAAAGUAUGAUCUGCAAUACCGUUUGCUAAUAAGUUGGCUAUUGGAUUUUUCCAAUAGUAUCCAUUAACGAUAGGCCUAUGUAUGCUUCUAAUAGCCUAUGCUUGAGACGUUCUGAAAAUCUCUACCCGACUACCAGCACAGCGGUGACUAACUGCAAACUGUUAUAAUUACAGUCUAGUUGUCAAGAUAAAGUUGCGUCGGGCUGGCAUGAUUUUAACCAAUGGAAUGACAUAAAAGACGCAAAUACAGCCCCCUCGUAACGAGGUGGCGUGGAACUAGUGAGCCACCAGCAGCACACAGUACUGUAGCAGACCAAGGCCAUCCUGAGGGGGAUACUAAGGGUGCAUUCCAAUAUGCGACCUUGUGUCCUCCACUUGUGCUUGUGGCCUUACAUUUUGCUAAUGGCCCGCCUCCGUGGAGAAAACAAUUACAUUUCCCCGCUGUCAGCCUAACCACAACAAUUUUUCGGGGGCUAUUCUUCAUUCACGAUCCAGUUUGCAAAUGAAAAAAUGACUUUACAAUUGAGCUUUUGCGAGAUAUUGAAAUAAAAUGCUGUUAUCAGUGAUGUCAUCACAACUUAUUACUUCCUGGUACGAGGCCACAAGCACAAGUGGAGGACGCAAGGUCACAUAUUGGAACGCACCCUAAGAAGCUGGUUCAGUAGUAAACCAGGUCAAGUUAACCUCAUGGUAGAGGUAAAUCAUCUAAUAGAAGAGCUCGGAGGCCUCAUUUUCUUUACUAAAUGGGAUUAAACCAGGUUGAAUUAAGAGGAAACUCAUCUAAUAG